AUGAGUUGCAGUUGUGAGGGUAGGAAGGCGGUAGAGUACACACCGACUCUCGUGCCACCAGAUGGACUAUUCGAGCCACCGUAUCCCAACGAGGCACCGUCGUUUCCGAUUUUUGAAGACGUUUUCACUGCUUCUGAAACGACACCGUUGGAAGUGAAGAGCGCUCCAAUCGCUGCUGUCCAACAGUAUUCUCCACCUCGUACCACACCUCAAACAACAACAACAACGACGGCUACCAUGUUGAUGUUAUCAGCUCCUGUCAACAAGACAAAGCCAAAGAUGAGCAAGUUAUCAUCACGUGGUAACCAAGCUGAGCGUACUUCUAUCUGCCAGCAGCUCCAGUGGGUUACUCCCUCAUUCGUUUUUCUACUUAUACAUGAUUAUUGUCCCAUCAUUUAUCAGUUCUCUUAUCAGGGAUUCGAAUGUGGCCGAGUGGAUCUGAAUGGUUUCCUAAGACUGGGCGCAUUUCUCGACGCACUGAAUCAGGUGAAUUCGCAACGAGUUCUGAAGGACACUGGGCUGUCACUGGGAGCUGUAAUCAUCGACAGUUGCUCUUCCGAUUUGAGGACCGUCGCUGAUCUCUUUGAAUUAUUAUCCGGUACCAACAUCCAGAAGUCAGAUGUGGUGGCGGUGGUGCGUGACGACGGUGCCCAUCUACCGAAUGUCGAUCAACUAGCCAGGCAUUUGAAUCUUCCAGUUGUGAACACCUUCUUCUCCACCAGUGUGCAGGUACAACUGCUUGAUAUGCCCAAGGCGUGG